UCUCCCUCUUUUCCUGCCCUGGCUCUUUCCGUUCGGUGAAAAGGAUGGGAUGGAACCGACGACGCUGCUGUCUCCGGCGGCUGGAUUUCCAGAGCUUCGAUCUGGCAUUGGAGCCAAGAAAUUCGGACUACAGAGCAGUGGCAGCGCUAUGUUAUCUUGACACUCUUCAGCUCCGAUUAGGUGCCUUGGGCAUCGGGUCGAUGUUCAACACUUCCAUGGCGACGAACGGUGCCUGGAGGACAGAUCAAGCACCGCUGAGUGCCAGAUCGGGCUCAAACAUAGAACCGAAACCCUAGGGCUUCAUGGACCGGAUUCGUUUUCAAGGUGCCAGCAGGGGUAAUGAGGCCCUUGGACCUGUCCUUGGAGCCAUGAUCCAAGCGGCUGCCCUCAAUUUUCUCGGAUUCUUGGACUCUUUCGAUCCCUCGAUCUCGCACUUUCCUCUGCCCAUCAAAUUCAUGUUUGGUAGAGGAUCACAUGUUUAUUCAUAUGCCAAGCAUUGUUAUCUAGGCCAGAGGUUACUCAGAAAUAGCAACAAGGUACUACUUGGGUUAAGCUCAAUCAUUUCAUGCAAGAUCCACCCAUGUUUAUUUUUCAUGGAUGAGUUCGGCUUGACAUUCCAAUUUUAGCUCUGGCUAACAGGUAUGGUAUUUCUUUAUUUGUUUUAUUGCAAAUUACUAGUAAAGAAUUCUUCAUUGUGUUAUAAGAGUAAACAAUGGUUGCUACUUUCUAGUGUAAGAGUAAAUGAGUCCUUGAAUUAAUAGUUUCCAUUUAAACACCAGAUCACCAUUACCAUAAGAGCUGUAAGGCCAGUUGACUGAGGUUUUUGUCUUACGUAUGCUACUGGAUCUCACAGAAGGAAACAGAGAGCAGAAUCCAUGCUGUUUUGCCCAUCAUCCGUUCCUUUCCUUUAAAACAUUAAUAUGCCUGUAAACAUUAUGCUUAAUGUGGUCUUGAAGUACUGUUGCCAAUAGUAACAUGCCUAGAUGCUUUAUACCUUAUAGAUAUGAUGUUUUCUUUUUGUCAUGCUGAAUUACAACAAUUUUCUUCUUAGGUCCUUUAGGAUAUUACUUGACAUUGUUACAAUUUGAUGCUUUAUACCUUUUAUUAAGCUUGCAAUUUGAAAUGGUUGGGUUUUCAAGGUGGUGUGGUGCUGUUGAUACUGGACAGUCUUUUGCUAUAUUGAAGUCAUGAGACGUGCUAAUUUCUAAAUUGCUUGCUCAACCCCUAUCGGUAUUUUUAUCUUGCAUCCUCUUAUUUUUAUGGUAACAGAUAAUCUUUAUUGUAAGAGGUGCAACUUCAAGCACAGUCUCUGUUCUCUCACAUCCUCUCUCACCUCCCUCUAUCCAGAACCAGAUCAGGUUAGUCGGUGGAACCGAGCAGUGGUAAUUGAAUCCUUUUCCUAAUCUUCUUCUGGCUUUUGUUCAGAUUGAAUAUAAGUUCUUUUUGUCCACUCGCUUAUUAUGUUAAAACUUCCGUAUGGGCCAAGCUUUAAAAUUAACAGGCCGUUUAAUGCAAUUCCACUUUCUCACAGGAGUGGAUUGAAGGACCGAUACGUAAACGAGUCAGUUAUUUUUUGUUGUAUUUGUUCUCUCAGAUCUUUCAUCUUUUGUUUCUGUCAGUAAAAAUGUCCACUCUUGUUAUUCGGUGAUACUUGGAUAGACUCUUAUUACGGUAUGGGUUCAUUUUAUUGGAAUUUUACAGGCCCAAUUUGAAAAAAUAUGGGCAUUCGGG